GUCAUCUGCGCUCAGUGAUGGAUCAGGUCAGCGAUGCGGCCGUCGCUUAUAAUCAGGAUUUUACACACAAGACCAUCCUGGUGGGAGACAGCGGAGUGGGAAAGACGUCUCUGCUGGUGCAGUUCGAUCAAGGAAAGUUUAUCCCUGGAUCGUUUUCCGCAACGGUGGGAAUCGGAUUUACGAAUAAAGUGCUCGCUGUGGACGAUCUGAAGGUGAGAUUACAGAUCUGGGAUACAGCGGGACAGGAGAGGUUUCGGAGCGUCACACACGCGUACUACAGAGACGCUCAGGCUCUUCUGCUGCUCUAUGACAUCACCAGCAGAUCCUCCUUCGACAACACACGGGCGUGGCUUACUGAGAUCCAUGAAUAUGCUCAGGAUGAUGUGGUCAUCAUGUUGCUUGGCAACAAGUCAGACAUGGCCAGCGCUCGAGCCAUCAGACGAGAGGAGGGAGAGAAACUGGCCAGAGAAUACGGAGUCAUUUUCCUAGAGACCAGUGCCAAAACCGGACUCAACGUCGACGAGGCCUUCAUGACCGUGGGGAAGGAGCUGGUGAGACGCUCGGUCCAGCUGUCCGUCGAGCACAGGUUUCACCUUCAUGACGUGAUGGAGCCGGAGAAAGAGCCAUCCGUCUGCUGCAGCUUCAGCUAGAGACUA